AUGUCAAAACUUGUCAAAGUGCUAAAACCUGGAGAGUUUGAAAAAGAGACGUAUUUUUUAACGGAUGAUGAAAAAUUUAAUUUAAUACCGAAACUUCGAGAAAGUGGAAAUGCAUUAUAUAAUGCAUCCGAUUACGAGAAAGCGUGUGAAAAAUAUGGACAAGUGUUACAAUUUUUUGAUGAACUCAUGAUAAAGGAAAAACCAAAUGAUGUAGAAUGGAAAAAGUUGGAUGAACAACGUCGACCAAUACUUCUAAAUUUUGUACAAUGUAAAUUAAAAUUAGGUGAAUACUAUUCGGCCAUUGAACAUGCCACAACGAUAUUGAACAGUGAUUCAACUAAUUCAAAAGCACUUUAUCGUCGAGCAAAAGCACAUGUUGGUGCAUGGAAUAUAAAAGAAGCUAAAGAAGAUUUUGAAACUUUAUUAAAAGUCGAUCCAUCAUUGAAUGCAUUAGUCAAACAAGAAUUGAAUUUAUUAGCACAAGCUGAACAAGAAAAAAAUAAACAAGAUAAAUCAAAUUUAACUCGACUAUUUUCAACAUAA